UGUAGUUUUUAAUAAAGUCUUUUAAAGCUGACUAGAGUACAGCAUAAUUUAAUACGUUUGGGACAGUUGUUCCAAAUGUUCACUCCUUUUAAAGAGACAAAGUGACUUUUUACAAUAGUUUGUGUCCUUGGUUUAUCAAAUAUUAAUAUUCCUCUCAAAUUAUAACUGAAGUCUUUCAUUUUAAACAGAUUUUAGACAUGUUGAGGUAGAUGUUUUUUUGCUUUGUACAUAGUUUGUAUUGCAAUAUAAUCAGCUAACUAAAUUUCAGAAUAUUUAAGCAAAUAAAUAAUGAGUUGGUUGGAUCCUGCAAAGAUUUAUUACUGAUAAUUCUUAUGGCUUUCUUUUGCAAUAGAAAUAUUGAAUUAGUGUUAGUUUUAUAUGUGUUCCCCAAACCUCAAUAAAAUAUGUCAUAUAUGGAGCUAUUCAUGCAUAAUAUAAAGUAAUUAAUGAAUAUUGAGAGAGGAAAUCUUGAGUUUUGUGCAGAAUUGCAAUGGAUUUUGAUAUUUUGGAUUUAACAUAAUUUAUGUGUUUUCCAACCUAAUUUAUCAUCAAUAAUUACUCCAAGAAAUUUAGUUUCAUUUACAAUUCCAGUUUCAGCGUCAUGUAUUGUUAAGCUUCUACUUGAAUUCCUGGACUUAUUUCCAAAUAUAACAAUACACUUUGUUUUACCAAGAUGAAGUGAUAGUUUAAAUUUAUGUAAUUCCUUCUCCACCAUGUUCAAAAGCUGACUCAAAUGAUCCCCACUACAGAACAGUGCACUGGUUAAUGAUGGAAUGAUGGAAGGUGUGAGACCAGAGAAGGGCUUGAGUCAGGGCUCGCCUCGAGUCAACAGAGAGCUAUGAUCCAGUUGGACGCGGUGCAGGGGUGUGUUAUGGUCAGUUUCUGGGAACUCCUUUUAGGAAAGAGGGUUAUCUGCAGCUGAUAAGGGCCAUGUUUAAAAGGCUGGACUGAUGAAACACACGUCCAGCUGAGGGGACCAGCAGCAGAGACAUUACUGAGGAAUCAUGCUGCUUCUAGUUUUCACUCUCUGCUUUGCAAACAUGCUGUUUGCUGUCGGCGUUGUUUGCCUGCCACUGCUUGACCAGGGCCCCCACAUCACCCAUGGCUGGGGCCAAGUGGUCCGGCUCAGGCAUCUGUACGCUGCCAAGAAUGGCAUGCACCUGCUGAUCAACGAGGACGGGCAGAUCCAUGGUUCUGCAGACCAGAACCUGCACAGCUUGAUGGAGAUCCAGCCGGUGGGUCCAGGCUGUGUUGUCAUCAAAGGAGUAGCAACGAGACGGUUUCUCUGCAUCGAGCACAACGGGAGGCUUUACACGUUGUCCUCCUACAACACGGACGAGUGCACCUUCAGAGAGCAAAUCUUACCUGAUGGCUACAACACCUACAGCUCUGUCAAAUACGGAGUCCUGCUGAGUCUGGGGAGCCACCGGCAGAGGCUGCAGGGCCGAGACCAGGAUGUUCCAGCUCUGGCACAGUUCCUCCCCAGGAUCAGCACCUUGGAUCUGGGUUCAACCCCUGGACUGGAGGUCCAACAGCAGCCUGAGCCAACCACAGCACAGGUGUAUAAUGAAGAAGCUGUGGACAUGUUGGACUCCUUUGGAAAACUCUCGCAGAUCAUUCAAAGUCCAAGUUUUAACAAGAGAUGAGACAGCAGCAGCACCAGACACACCUGGAACCAUUUGGACCCUGGUUCUUUGUCUGAGGCAUGAAACCAUGCACUCCGGUCUGCAUGUGGCAGAUCUACAGCUCUACUAGACCAGAACCUGUUCAGCUCAAGCCAGGGAUGAACUGCACAUGGAGCGUGCUGCAAACCUGGAACAGUUUUUCCUGCUCCAGAAUGCUGCUCCAGCAAGCUGUUUGACUGGACGAGGGUGAGCAGCGUAUGAGUGGAGGAAUGAUAAAAUGGAAAAACAAUACUUGGACCCUCUGCAGGAUGGAGGGAAAAAAAAACAGACAUUUUGAUACAGUGUUCAUUGAACACAAGAAGAAUGUUUGGACGCAGAGAUGAUGUGAGGGAAGAGAAUUUAAAAAGACCUGCUGGAGGAUCUGGAUUCAUUUACAAAAAUAUUCUUCAGUAAACUCACCUUGCAAAGGUUUUCUUGACUACUAACAAAGUACUGUUGGAUUUAUUUGGUGAACAAAAUAGAGCAGUUUAUGUCUGCAUUUAUACAUAUAAAGUAAAAAACUUUCAUCUUUGACACAGAGUGAUUUUUUUUUUUUUUUGAAGUAGCUGUAUAAGAUUCAACAUUCAGUAACUACAAUUAAUUUCAAUGCAAUAUCAUUCAUUUUAAAGUGCAGAUUGUGCAACAACUGCGCCAUUUCUGUUCUUGGAAAAAAAAAUUAUAUAAUGGAUAAAAUGUCAACGAUAUGGCAACAAAAUACACCACACUGACAUCAGCCAUUAAAAACACCCAGUGGUAGUGCCAAGGGGGGGCUUAAGCCCCCCCCAAUAAAUCUGCCAAAAAUGUGAAUAGCGACUGACAUAUUUGUGGAUCUCAACUGCAGUUUUACGCUGAGAAUUUCUCAAUAUUGCAUAACAAGUGAUGAAUGCAAUCAUUCUAAAUGUUGUGUGUGUGCGCAUUGAUACCACAUUUUAGAGGUAUCACCUUGGUAUUUAUAAAGCAAUUUACUAUAUAUUGUUCAUUUCAAUGACAUUUUGUGGAGCCCCCCCAACAAAAAUUUCCUGGCACCACCACUGAAAACACCUCAAUCUCACGUGUUUCACUGAAGUCUGAUUCUCUUCUGAUAUAUACAGUCAGGUCCAUAAGUACAUGGACAGUGACUUUUAAAAAAAAAUCCUGUACACUGCCAGCAUAAAGUCAAAAAGAUACAAUCAAGAUGUAUUUGUAGUGCUGACUUUGUUUUAGCUCAAGGGGACGAACCAAAAUAUCACAUUUAGCAUUUUGGAAUUAGUUAUUUUUGUACACACUGCCUCAUUUUCAGAGCCUGUAAUGGGCUCUGAAAAUGAAUGUAAAAGUAAUAUGUAUGAAAAAUGAUCAUCGCAUUUAGUAAAAAGUGCAAGUAUCAUUUUUAUAAGAAUCAUCACUUUUAUAGCCAGUUUUCUUGAGACAACUCAGGGGAUGGCUACAUAAACACUUCCAAUUAACUGAAUGUGUUGAACUUAAUUUACACCAAUCAUUAGAAAUACAAAAUGCAAAAAAAGGAGACGAGUGAGGGAAGCUACCAAGACACAGAGGCAGCUGAAGAAGUUAUAGGCUUGUGGCUGUGACUGGAGAAAUUCUUUACGGUGCACCAGUCUGUCACAUCACUAUUCUCAAUUUCAUGGUGGAGUGGAACAGAGAAGAAUCUGUUCAUAAGAAAACAGAACCUGUAGCUGAAAUUUCACAUCUUUUAAACAAAACCAUUCUCUGUGCCACUCCACCAUGAGUGGAGUGGCACAGUGGCUUCCUUGAAAUGGGAGCAGCUGGAACAGUUUUAUAGGUGGAGGCCAUUGACAUUUUUACCACCCUCAACUUUUCUGAUUGAUUUUUCACUAGUUUGCAUUUCGAUAGGGUCAGGGUCUCUGCUGGUAGCAUGGUGCCGUACAUGGAGCUUACACAGGUCAGACAGGUAGUCCUACUCCUCCAGGAUGGCACAGCAAUACGUGCCAUUGGCAGAAGUUUUGCUGUGUCUCCCAGCACAGCCCCAAGCUCACAGAGGAGAUUCCAAGAGACAGCCAGUUACUAUAGGACAGCUAGACAGGGCGGUAGAAGGUCCUUAACCAAUCAACAGGAUGGGUAUCUGUUCCUUUGUGCAAGGAGGAACAGGAUGAACACUGCUGCAGCGCUACAAAUUCCCAGCAGGCCACUGGUGUGAAUGUCUCGGACCAAAAAAAAAAAAAAAAAAAAUCAUAGGGGGUGGUCUGAGGGCCCAGCGUCCUGUAGUGGGCCGUUCUCACUAGCUGGCACCAUGGAGCUCGAAUGCCAUAGAACACCAGCAUUGGCAGGUCCACCAGUGGCGCCGUCCUUUUCAGAGAUGAGAGCAGGUUCAACCUGAGCCCAUGUGACAGACGUGAAAGAGUCUGGAGAGGCCACGGACAACGUUAUGCUGCCUGGAACAUCAUUUAGCACGACCGGUUUGGUUUGGUGGUGGGUGCCUGGAAGGCUGGACAGACCUCUACAGGCUACACAAAACGCUGACUGCUAUUAGGUAUUGAGAUGAAAUCCUUGCACCUAUUGUCAGACCUUAUGCUGGUGCAGCGGGUCCUGGGUUCCUCCUGGUGCAGGGCAAUGCGGCAAGAGUGUGUAAGUUCCUGGAGGAUGAAGGAACAGAUACCAGUGACUGAUCCCCCAUGCUCACCUGAUCUAAAUCCAACAGAACACCUCCAGGACAUUAUGUUUCGGUCCAUUCGUCCCCAACACAUUACCUAGUCCAUGUCAGGAAAGACAGCCAGCAUAACAUCCCCCACCACCAUUGAGAUUUGAAGCACUUUGAAAGUGUUCCUUUGAGCAGGUCAUUUUUUCCAGAAUUUGUGUCCUUGGUGGCGGUUUGCACUCUCCAGGUGCCACCUUCUUUAAAUUAUGUGAUUAAAAAUAAGUUUGACUGACAAAGUUUAAGACUUUAAAUGCCAUUUUCACUAAAUAAUAGAGCAUAGAUUUUAGUUCAUACAUUUCUUAAACUGUCAGAGGUGAUAAAAAAAAGAUGCUGGUCUUAGACAUGAUCUGUGAAUGCCUUUAUGUGUACAGCACAGCGACCUCUCGUGGAUUAAACAUGAUUUUACUUGGACAGAGGAAGUUUGUUUUUUUAACUCGGUCUGAGAUCAUAUGACAGGUUAAAAAAAAAGGUGAAAAAUUCUCAAAAUAAACACACGUGACCAGUCAAUGUAGUCAAAAUUUAUUCAUAAAAUCAGCUUUAAUAACAUGUCAAUAUAAAAAAAGAUCAGAUCACAGUUAAAAUACCAACCAGCAGGCAGAGUGAUUUCCCUCUUAAAGGUUUCUCCUUAAUUUUUUCUGUAAACUACAAACCAUCCCCAGACUCAAACAUACAUCUGAUCACACAAAAAAUUUAUAGAAAUCACGUCCAUCGUCCCUAUAAAGUAGUUUAUUUUCUUGUACUUUCAACUAAACACCUUUGAUGCAUAAAUAUCACAAAACCUUGUACCCAAAAUGACAGGUAAUUAAAAAAAAAAUUAAAACGAUUUGUUGCAGCAGCACAUACUUUGUAGAUGUUUAAAGCUCCAACCAUAUGUUCCAGCUACAGAUGACUGGUGGAAAGUGAGACAGUUAAAAUAAUGUAGAAAACUGAACGGGCUGGCAAUGCCUGCGGAGUUGUGCACUGUGAAGUUAUUGCUGCGUUUACAUGAAUGAGCUCAGACUGUCCACACAAAUACGGACAAAACUGCUUAUAAAUGUAUUGCGGUCACACUCGUUAGUUUCUCUACACCUACAGCUCGCUGCAUCCCAAACACGACAGCGUCAAACCGUUCUACCGCAGAUGGUCCUGCUCACAAUGACCGGCUCCCCGAAACUCAAAGUACACAAUUUAAUACCACCAGGAAUACAAAUUAAAGAAUACUUAAAAUGACAAAACUUACUAAGAUGUGAAAUUUCAACCGGUUUGCCAGAAGGCACAUGGGAGACUUGAGCCUAGAACUGAUCCAACUUUUUUGUCCUCUUGUGUUCCACUCGAACAUGAAGCUCUACAUCGGGUGAUGUAACAGACACACUUUGUACUGAAGUCCCUCCAAUCACAGCUCAUUCAGGGUUGUCUUGGUGGCUUCCCUCACUACUCUCCUCGAAUCACUUUUGAGAACUGCCUCCUUCAGACAUACAUAUCUUAUGGUUUGUAUUUUCUUUUAAAUGGAUGGAAAUUUAGUGCAAGACAUAUUUAGCUACUUGGAAGUGUUCAUGUAUCCAUCCCCUUCAUCCCCUCAUUAAAAAAUCUGAUGAUACAAAGCUGGACACUUUGUAAUCUCCCCCCCACCCCGACAACAUAUUUGAAAUUUUGUACUUCAAAAACAGGGUUGCCUGUACUCCAGUGCAGGACCGUGUAUACCGUCAGCGUCUCUCAACAGUGGACAUUAAAUUUGCCAGCUGAGAACAUUAAACAUGAAUGCGAGAUGAGACAAACCUGCUAAACAUCACAAACGGCAAAGUUCAGACUAAUGCAACAACAGCUACUAAGUCACAUCUCCUGCUCACACUCGAAUACUAAAAUUAAGGUUUUAAACAUACACACACAGACAAGAUGGUUAUCCAAUAACAAUGUAUACGGUGACCAAUUUCCACAUAUUGGGCAUGCUCAAACAUUCAGUUGUGAGGAAGGAAAAAAAAAUUAAGUUACAAGAAACAACCGAGAAACAGUACAAAUCCAUCACUCCAGGACGUUAGCGUUUUUAGAUGUGAGACAUGGUCACAUGUCCCUACUGAUUUAAAAUCUGGUUACAUUGUUUUGGUUACAUAAUGUUCCGUAGACCUGACGGCCACCUGCUGAUAGACUGAUGAUGGAUUAGGAGCAGGUGUGGUUGGCAGUAAGACAGACUGUUUUCACUCAGAAAUACACUAAAUCAAGCAAGAGCACAAAGGGUUACUUUCUGGUUGCCUUUGGUUAGGUUUUAAAAUCAGUUCAAAAGUGCGCAGACAGCACAGAGAGCAGUUUGGUCAAUCGGAUGAGGAGUUCUUAAGAUAUCUUCCUUAUAUGCAUACGUAAAAACCGCUGGAGAGACUACAGUGUUCACGACAUCUACACAGACCUAUGGACAGGACUGCUAAGAACAUAGUCCCUUCUUAUUGUGUCUCUGUGUGGAGCUUUGUAGUCACGCAUAGCUUGAAAUCAGUUUGCCAGUUUCUUUCAUUUCCAAACUCACUAAGCAAACACUAUGAGCUCAGAGUGCAGAGUGACAACUUUAAUUUGUGGGUUUGAGAUGCUUUCAGUUGUCACAGAUGUCUUGGUGGCACCGUACCGUCUUGUGCACCGUACAAUCGCUUCCAUUUUUGUGUUUUGUGUUCAUGCAUUCUAAAACCUUCACUUGUCUGGAACAUUUUUGCAGCAGCAGCCCUCCUACCUCUUGGUACUUGGGCAUUUAGUGGUUUGCACAGGUGAUACUGAAGCCGAAUGUGCGG